AUGGGAGGCAUUUGCUCACUAAAUUUAUCAUGUGAUCAAGCGUUGAAUCAAGUCUGCGGCUGCUUUUUUGGUGGUGAAAAUUACAUUCACAUGAUGAAGGCUAAUCUGGAGGCUUUGGAGAAAACUAUGCAAGAACUUAAAGAAAGGCGAGAUGAUCUGUUGAGAAGAGUUUCCAUAGAAGAAGACAAAGGUUUGGAGCGGCUUUCUCAAGUGGAAGGAUGGUUUUCAAGGGUAAAAGGUAUUGAGUCUCAGGUGAAAGAUCUACUGAAGGAUAAAUCAAUGGAGACUAGAAGAUUGUGUAUGCUUGGAUAUUGUUCAAAGAAGUGCACAUCAAGCUACAAGUAUGGAAAGAAGGUUUGCAAGAAGUUGAAAGAGGUUAAAGAGCUUCUAUCUAAAGGAGUUUUUGAAGUGGUCGCAGAAAUAGCUCCUGUACCAAAGGUGGGGAUGCAGCAUAUCCAAACCACAGUUGGUUUGGAUUUCAUGGUGGAAAAGGCAUGGAAUAGCAUCAUGAACGGUGAACGAAAAACUUUAGGUCUUUAUGGCAUGGGGGGAGUUGGCAAAACAACACUCUUAGCUCGUAUCAACAACAAAUUCGUUGAAGCGGUGAAUGGAUUUGAUAUUGUGAUAUGGGUUGUUGUCUCCAAAGAUUUACAAAUUGGAAGCAUUCAGAAUCAGAUUCUGGGAAGGUUACAUCCGGACAAGGAAUGGGAAGGAGAAAGAGAAGAGAAGAAAGCCUCUUCCAUAUACAACAUCCUUAAGAAAAAAAAAUUUGUUCUGUUAUUAGAUGAUCUAUGGAGUGAGGUAGACCUGAACAAGAUUGGAGUUCCACCUCCUCGAGACAAUGGAUCCAAGAUAGUUUUCACCACUCGUUCAAGGGAAGUUUGCAAAGACAUGAAAGCCGACGAUGAGAUGAAAGUUGAGUGUUUGUCAGCCGAAGAUGCGUGGGAAUUGUUUCAAAAUACAGUUGGAGAAGCCCCAUUAAGGGGCCAUCAGGAUAUUCCUGCACUUGCUAGAAGAGUUGCUGAGAAAUGUUGUGGCUUGCCACUUGCACUCAAUGUGAUUGGCAAAGCCAUGGCAUCUAAAGAUGAUGUACACGAAUGGCGUCAUGCCAUUGAUCUUCUCAAUACGUGUAGCCACGAGUUUCCAGGUAUGGAAGAGAAGAUUCUUUCCAUUUUGAAGUUUAGUUAUGAUGGUUUAGGGGAAGAAAAUGUCAAAUCUUGCUUCCUAUAUUGUUCUUUGUUCCCGGAAGAUUUUGAAAUAGACAAAGAGGAGCUGAUAGAAUAUUGGAUAGGGGAAGGAUUUAUAAAUGGAAACAGAGAUGAAGACGGAAGUAAUAACCAAGGUCAUGCUAUAAUUGGUUCAUUAGUUCGUGCUCAUUUAUUGGUGGAAGUAGAAAUGAAGAUGGUUCAUAUGGUUGGAAUCAAAGAGAAGGUGAAAAUGCAUGAUGUUAUACGUGAGAUGGCUCUUUGGAUAGGGUCUAACUUUGGAAAAGAAGAAGAAAGAUUGUGUGCCAAAUCCGGUACACAGUUACGGUGUAUACCAAACGACAUCAACUGGAAAGUUGUGAGAAGAAUCUCUUUGAUGAGUAAUCAAAUUAAAGAGAUAUCUUGUUGUCCUUCUGAAUGCUCCAACCUUUCGACCGUUUUACUUCGUAACAACAAGCUGAAGGCGAUUUCAGGUGAAUUCUUUCAGUUUAUGAGAGCCCUUGUCGUCUUAGAUCUUUCGGGGAACUUUGAUCUUCGUAGAUUGCCGAAUGAAAUUUCAAGCUUGAGUUCCUUGCAAUACCUAAAUUUAUCAUCUACAAGGAUAAGAUCAUUACCAGUUGGUUUGAAGGGGUUGGGGAAGCUAAUAAGCUUGGACCUAGAGGGUACUUCUUCCCUUAAAAACACUUAUGGGAUAGUAAGUGGCUUACUAAAUCUUCAAGUGUUGAAAUUAUAUGGUUCAGCGUUUUAUAUUGAUGCAGCAUUAGUGGAAGAGCUAGAGCUGUUAGAGCACUUGAAGAUUUUAACAGCAACCGUAAAAGAUGCUUUGGUUUUGGAAAGUAUCCAAGGAGUGGAUCAAUUGGCAAGCAGUAUUCGAUAUUUAUGUCUACGAGAUGUAUCAGCAGAGGUUGUGAUAUUAAACACGGUAGCUCUGGGUGGUCUUCAACGCCUUGAGAUUGAGGACUGCUAUAUCUCAGAGAUAAAGAUGGAUUGGGAAAGCAAAGAAGGAGAAGAGUUUCUAUGUUCAAGUUCUCUAGGCUUCAAGCAUCUCUCCGCUGCUAAUAUACACAAUUUGGAAGGUCCAAAGGACUUGAGCUGGCUGUUGUUCGCUCAAAAUCUCAGGUAUCUUAAGGUGUUUGGUUCAUCAAGCAUAGAAGAAAUUAUCAACAAUGAGAAAGGAAUGAGUAUUAGCGAUCUCCAUCCUCAUAUUUCUGUUCCCUUUGGGAAGCUAGAAUCCCUUGAACUAUAUUAUUUGGAUCAAUUAGAGAGAAUUUCCUCGAAUCCUCUGGUUCUUCCAAACCUGAAAUCUUUUUAUGUCAGUAACUGCCCAAAGCUGCCCAAAGCUGCCACUGAAUUGCCGAGACGUGAACAAGAAUAA